AAUUUCCCUCUUAUUUGUUUCAUUUAAAACAACCUGUUUUUUACUAUGUCUAUAUAAAUAAUGACUCUAAUAGGGCUCUGUAAAUCCUCGGAGUACUGUUACGUCAUGCCGUAAAAAAUGACGUCAUAUCAACAGAGAAAACGCUGUCAAAUCGCCAUGAUGAAAAUCAACAGAGAAGAUUACAAAAGAAUUAAGAAGCCAAUGUACAAAAAGAUAAAUUAAACUUUUCUUGAGUACAGAUAUGUGGAGGCAGUUGUGGACAUGUGGCCAGCAAGAAGUUUUUUCUCGAAAGUUUGGUAUCUGGUUGUGUUCCUUGGACUCAUUUCGUUCUUUCAUAUUUACUCGAUUCUUACAGAAAGUAACCUACUCACCUUUAUCAAGAGCUUAAGAAUUGUCCCUAUAAACUGUCCACCAGAAACAAAGCGGGUGUAUCCGUCAGACAAUCAAAUCAUCAAAACGCCGAUGCGACUGAUAGUGGCAUACAUGAGGAGCGGAUCCACUCUUACAGCUGAUCUGGUCCGCCACAUUGAAGGCGACUUCUACAUGUUCGAACCAUUACAUGGCAUAUCACAAGCUGUGAAUCGAAAAUCUGCAAUACAGUUUGUAAACGGAACAGAACGAAUGAUUUCAAAGAAUGAACUUGAAAACGUCCAUGCAGAAUUACUUUACAGCUGGUUUACUUGCAAUUUUGAACACAUUGACAUGACGAUAUUAACUAGUUAUUUCAUCGAAGGUCUUACCCCAGAACUGGGAAAUUAUUACAGAUGCAUCAAUCCAAAGAACACCACACUAAGUAAACUUGAACUUGUACGGGACUGUUUAUGGAUGUUACGUGACCGAUGCCUUAGAGCUGGGACACGGACGAUAAAAACAAUAAGACUGUCUUUAGUCAUGGCGGGAAAACUAUUGGAAUGGCUUCCAACACUGAAAAUUGUUCAUCUUGUACGCGAUCCACGAGGUACAUUGCAUUCGCAGUUUACAAAUCUGCUCAAUGAAGCUAAUCUUUCGGUGUCUGCAAAGGAUUUGUGUGGUCGUAUUGUACUAGAUUUGUCAGCACUAGAGGAGGUGCAAUACUGCCAUAAAGACAGAAUAAUGAGCGUUAUCUAUGAAAAUCUGUGCCAAAAUCCAUUAACCAUAGUGCAAAAUAUAUAUAAUUUCUUAAAGAUUAACUAUACUAAAAGUGUAAAGGACUAUGUCACACGGAUUAUGAAGGGACCCGUUAAAUUGUGUGCUUAUUGUACGAACAGGGGAAAUUCGGUGGUUAAUGCUUACCGGUGGAUAUCAACAAUACCUCGUCAUGUUAUACAAACUAUUGACAAGCAUUGUUCAUUUCUUUAUUCUAAACUAGGAUAUCUACACUUAAAUUACGACAAUCUUGCUAAUACAACGAAGUCUUGGCAACCUGUUGAAUAUAGAUUUUGGAAAUUCUUAUUAUGGUUCUGAUGAAGUUUGUAUUAACAGACGAAAAGUGUUAUGUUUUAGUAACACUUCUCGAUUAAUCUUAUUUUUGUUGCAAAACCUGUUUAAGAUCGUUCACUAAUUGCAUUUCUUGGAUAUUACA